AUGUACACAGCUGGAAAGCCAGCCCAGGAAAGCCCCUCGAAGGCGUUUAAGUCUCUCAGGAAAGCAGCAGAUCCAGAAGUGCAGAAAGUCCAAUACUGUGUGGCGCUGCAGCAGCUGCUGCAGCAGCAGCUGCUGAAGCAGCAGCUCAUUCACAAGCAGCUGCUUCAGCAGCAGCAGCAGCAGCAGCAGCAGCAGCAGCAGCAGCAGCAGCAGCAGCAGCUGCUGCAGCAGCAGCAGCAGCAGCUCCUUCAGCAGCAGCUCGAGCUGCUUCAAGGAGAGAACAGAUGA